AGUGGUGAAACAAUCCCUCGUAAGAAACAAAAAAACCCACGCUCAAAACACAAUAUACUGUAUUGGGUUUUCUAGUCAUCCUUUUUAAAACAAAGGCAAUGCCAUGGCUGCAAUUCACUAAUACACAUGUUUGGACAUUACAUUGUGUUAUAUUCACCAGUCCUUUUGCAGUAAAAUCGAUAUUAAAGUGAACAUCGCGUCCGCGUUUCUCAUUGGAGGCUGAUGGAGAGGGACGGUACUAAAAGAGCCACUCAGCAGCGCCGCGCACUACGAUCCUCUGAUUUGCAUCUCGCCUCCUAUAAAAGGAGCUCAACGCGCGAGCGACAUCCACAUUCGCUUCCCGUCUGUUCUGACCUGAAGCUGCUGCCUACGACGCGUCGACAUGCCCGAUCCUCCCGCAUCAAAGAGCGCUGGGCCGGCCAAGGUUCCUGCUCCCAAGAAGGGCUCCAAGAAGGCUGUGACCAAGGCUACGCGCAAGGAUGGCAAGAAGCGACGCCACCGCAGGAAGGAGAGCUACGCCAUUUACAUCUACAAGGUGAUGAAGCAGGUGCACCCCGAUACCGGCAUCUCGUCCAAGGCAAUGAGCAUCAUGAACUCGUUCGUCAACGACAUCUUCGAGCGCAUCGCUUCCGAGGCGUCCCGCCUGGCGCACUACAACAAGCGCUCCACCAUCACUUCUCGGGAGAUCCAGACCGCAGUGCGACUGCUGCUCCCCGGCGAGCUGGCCAAGCACGCCGUGUCGGAGGGCACCAAGGCCGUCACCAAGUACACAAGCUCCAAGUGAAGCCUCGACUCCACCAUUAAUUACAAAGGCUCUUUUCAGAGCCACCCACCUCUCCGAACCUGCUUGUACCAGUCCUAGCAGGAGUACUAAACGAAACUUCCAACAAAGCCCCGGUUCACGCGGGGACAUUG